GCAUUUCGUCAGUAGAUGGUGUUGGUGACGUCAGCAGCAACAUGGCGGACGCGGACAAAACAGAACGCAAACACGACCAAGAAGAGGAUAACGCUGCCCGUAAGUGACAAUUUGUCCCUUUCAGACACCGAAAUUAUCAUGAAUUGGCCUAGUAGCAUGAAUUUAGAUUCAUCGAGCACAAAUCUAAAAAUGACUUCAGAGAAUAUCUUUUGGAUUCCCAUAUUCGCCUCUCAGUGUGAGAAACAAGCAGUUGAGCGCGCCGACGCCGAGGAGAUCAAGCAGUUUGACGAACUUCUUCUCAACGAGAUUCUCAUUGAGAAUGGAGUUCCUCCGGACUACUAUGGGUCGGAGCUGUUUAAGGUGGCCAUGAUCGUUGAGAUGGCACGAAGGUGUACCAAGGUUGAAUUCUUCAGGCCUGUCAAAAACGAGGGUCCACCUAAGGUAGCCGGAUUCAGCCCCCUCCUGCAGCUGUCUCUGGCGAGUGGCCAUUUUGAAGGACUGCCGGCCGACGCUCUCUUCUCCUAUCUCUACAUGAAUGGAGUUGAUGUCAGCCCUGGCGACGACAAAACCACCCUGGUCCUCAAGUCGCGCAUGCUUUUUACCAAUGGCAUCACUUGCCUUCCUUACCUCGAAGAGGAGCAGAAAAGGAAGGAAUUCGUGCUGCAGGAGAUAGGACAGUUGCAUAAAGUUGUUAAGGCAAUUGAAGAACGAGAAGAGGGACACCGAGAAUUGGACGUGAAACGCAAGGAGCUCGAGGCCCUGGAAAAGGAGAGCAACGACGCUGACCAGUACAACAGGUCCUUGAUGGGUGAGGUCCUCGAGAAGAAGCGCCAUUUGAACGAGAGGGAGAAGGAACUGUCUGAAAGAGAGGAAGCUGUGAAGAAGUUGAAGGCUGAGGCCCACGAGAAGAUUGUUUAACAGGACAUGAAUGUGUCAGUUGAGAAAAGUGAAGACCUGAGGACCAUUUGGCCAUUCUCACAAUAAAAUAUACCACAUGCCUUUAUAACUCAGCACAAAUUAUAUCGCAUUUUUAUUAUUUUGAUUGAGUUUUCUUGCUCCUUAAUUGCACAGAGGUUUCAGAUAUUGUACCACCCCUUUCUUUUUGGGGUUUUCAAUUGAUUCUUACCUUAUAGUUGGAAAUUUUAUAAUAUUUAUGUUAUAAAAUGCAAAUUUCACGAGCAAUGUACUUAUAAAACUUUACCUUUAAAAGAUGACUAAAAUUUAUGUGUCUAUGAGAUGAAAUAAUAACAAUUAUUGUGAUUCUGUUGUGAAAAAAAUCUGCACUCGGAGGGAGUCUGAGGCAGCGUCCUUUUCCAGCACCAACUCCUCACCAUAGUCAAUAUGUGCAAGUCGCGCGCGUCGCACCUCCGAAAAUUGACAGCAAGUCCAUCUGUGGUGGAGCUGAUCCUAUCAAGUGCUCUUACUGUAUAAAUUAAAAUUUUUUUAAUAUAUCCCUGGUUAUUUAAAAAAAAUUUAGGAAAUUCGGUGACAAUGAUUAUCACUUGCAGCUUAAAGUCAAGCAUCAAUAUCAUUCAUUAAAAGAGGAUUUUAAUUAUUAUGAAAUUAUUUCAUUAUUAUUUAAAAUAUAUUAGAAUCAAAUAUGCAGUGAAAAUUCUGAAAGUUGUCGAUUUUUGGGUUGCGGUAUGGCCGGUAUGAUGAAAAAUCUCGCACUCCGAAAAUAACAUCCUUCUUAUCCCAUUUAUUUGCUACAGCAAUUUGUGCGAAAAACACGUCACACAAAGUAAGAUUACAUAAAUAAAUAGCUCCUAAAUAAUCAAUCAUUGUGUUUUUUCUGGUUUUUCAAGUGUUCAACUAAUUUUUUGUAAUCAAUUGAUAAUGUAAGUUUCUCUCUCCAAGCUAAUGGUUAUUGUAAAACUUUCUUGAUAUGUCGAAGAAUGGGGUAUAGUUACCCUACUGAGACAUCAAUAAACACCUUUUGCAAC